CAACAAUACUGGUUGUGGUAAGUGCUUGUUCAAUUGAAUCAACAGCUUCAACAACAGCGAAUAGCCUUGUCAUGACUGCGUUGAAUGGUAUAGUUGUUGUUGUUAUAAAAGCUUAUGUACAUCUUCUAAACCAGUUGGGUUGCUUUCCUGUCGAACUAUAUCACAAAUAAUCCGAUCCCAAGUUCGUAUCAACUUUAUCUAUUGCUCAGAUGAUUUCUGUCGUUUCUCGAUGGUGAGAUGUCUUUUGACAAGUGGGACGAUAAGCUGCAUCAGCAUAUUCUUUCUUUGUUUGCUUCAGUUCAUAAAGGUUUCUCAUUGCAUCUUGCAGGAAAUCGAGAUUUCUGUCUUAGAAGUAGUUGAAAGGAAACUGUUCGUUACAAACUUUUGUUAUCUGCCUCUUAUAUUAAAACUUUUGUACACGAGGAAUCAUUAGCUCUUUUUUGAGUUUUUUCUCUUCACAGCAGCCACAAUGGUGAUGUGUUAUCGAUUGGUG